AUGGAAAACAUGAGCAAUGUGACCCUGUUCUCGUCGUUGAACAGUGUGACGAUGCCAUGGCUGACCCGCAAUGAAAGCACGACGAGCUGGGAGCCGAGCGGCCUAUCGGAGGGCGCGCAUUCAGGGAAAUUACCGACGAGGAUAUUCGAGCUGGUCUUAAUUCUGAGUCUGAUGGUGAUCCAAUGCGGCCUGAUGCAUCCGAAGUUCGAAGGCUCCUCCUCAGCCCGCUUGACGCGCUUAUCACUCGGCCCACUGAUCAUCGGAUGGUGGGCAUGUUAUCCGUUCAGACUGCCCGUCGUGCCGCUCGAGGAACGCAACAUUCUUCCCGGCUUCAUCGCCGCCAUGAUGAUCUUCAAGGCCGUCGAAUGGACCUUCGACGCCGGCCCUUACCGUCUUCGCAGCUUGACGAAAUCCGCCGACGGUCGUCCCGUUUGGCAGAAAGAGGCAACAAGCGAUAAACUUGCACCCGAGAAAGAUACCCCGUCUGGUCUCGGCGACUUUGUCUUAUGGAUCUUCUUACAAUUUGGCGCUCAGCGUGGAUUCAGAUGGUCAUGGGGCCCUGCAGCCAAAGGCAACGAGAGUUCAUUUCUCCGCGCAUUCCUCGAAGUAGUCCGCCUGCAUCUAGUCCUUCUACCAUGUCUAGGAUUUGUGCUCUAUUCGCAAGACUUCACUACUUAUAGUUUCGACUCACGGAAAGCGCUCAUCAGUCUAGGCGUGCCAUCCUUCCCAGGUCUAGGACUGUUAGCAUGUGGACUACACUCGAUGUGUGCAAUGUUCGUAAUAUCGACCUCUAUAGAGAUGAUGUCAUCGGUGCCGGCACUACUCUCGUAUCCGCUCUACCCAUUGCUCAAACGCACCCGCCUUCCCCCCAACCUCGUCGAGCUCGUCAAUCCAGUCAAUUUUCCUCCCCAGUUCGGCCCAAUGUUCGAGCUCUCUUCUCUGGCCCAUUUCUGGGGAAAGACUUGGCACCAAAAGUUCCGCCGUCCUUUCCUCUUCUGUGGGGGUAAGCCGGCCAUGUCCCUUGCGAGAGCUUUAGGCGGCUCGACAAACGUUCAGAAAGUCUGCGGCGUCAUGGGCGUCUUUGCGCUUAGUGGACUUUUCCAUGAAUAUCCCAUGUACGCAUUCCAACGGGAGCCGCAUCCAUAUCCGCGGGAAUUAUUCAAGACCUUACCAGCCAGUUUCUUAUUCUUCUUUGUCCAAUCCUUUGGACUGAUCCUCGAGCCGUUCAUUAUCCCACAUAUCCCCAAACGACUGGGAGGGGCCAAGCUCUGGACGUGUGCAUUCUUGUUCCUUACUGCCCCGCUCUUCACCCGUGAUAUCUGUCGUCCUCCCGGCAUGUUCGGUCAAUACCGUCAUCCUCAACAAUGGACUUGGCUUGAUCUCGUCAUCCCUGCUCCCCUUGCGGCGAGGAUUUUAUCUAACAAAUAA